ACUGGGAACCAAGAUUUGUCCAUAUUUUUCCCCACACGAGCAUUUGAUUCUAAUACCUCAGGUUCCUUAUUUACUUAAUUUACCAAUGCCCACAAAUGUCCUAACUAAAUAAGAUCAUGUGAUCAUCACACUAGAAAAGUGCACGUCAAAUUUAUUGAUCCUGUGACAAUUUGUAUAAUUUAUCUUGUGCUUAGUGGGGAUUGAUUUGCAAAUUUUAGGAGAAUGUCUGGUUUUGUUGGUGUUGUUGUUUCUGAUCAAAAUCUUCAGAGCCAAUUCACCCAAGUCGAGCUUCGUGGCCUCCAUUCGAGUUUUGUUUCUGCAAGGAAUGAAUCAGGGAAGGUCACACUGGGCGAUCUGCCACCCGUUAUGUGCAAACUUAAGGCCUUGAAGGAUAUUCUCACUGAAGAUGACAUUAGGCGAAUAUUAAACGAGUCAUCUUCUGAUAUGACUGAAGAAAUUGAUUUUGAAUCCUUUCUUCGGGCACAUCUAGAUCUACGAGGACGAGCUACUGCUAAAUUGGGUAAUACAAAAUUAAAAGGCUCGUCCUCUUUCCUCAAGGCCAGAACAACCACAAUUCGUCACAAUAUUAGUGAAUCUGAAAAGACCUCAUAUGUUGCACAUAUCAAUAGCUUUCUCAGAGAAGACAAGUUUUUGAAGGAUUAUCUUCCUAUAGAUCCGUCUACCAAUGCACUCUUUGAUCUGGCGAAAGACGGUGUUCUUCUUUGCAAGCUUAUCAAUGUUGCCGUCCCUGGUACUAUAGAUGAGCGUGCUAUCAAUACCAAAAAGGUUCUUAAUCCAUGGGAGAGAAAUGAGAAUCACACUCUUUGCCUCAAUUCUGCAAAAGCAAUCGGUUGCACAGUUGUCAAUAUUGGCACACAGGAUUUAGUUGAAGCAAGACCUCAUCUGGUUGUUGGGCUGAUUUCUCAAAUUAUCAAGAUACAACUAUUAGCUGAUCUCAAUUUGAAGAAAACUCCGCAGCUCGUGGAACUGGUGGAGGACAGCAAGGAUGUGGAGGAGCUCUUAGGUUUAGCUCCAGAAAAGGUUUUACUGAAAUGGAUGAACUUCCAUCUAAAGAAGGCAGGCUAUAAGAAGACGGUCAAUAAUUUUUCAUCUGAUUUAAAGGACGGAGAGGCCUAUGCUCAUUUGCUUAAUACUCUUGCACCAGAACAUGGUACAACCACCACGCUAGCUACUAAAGAUCCAACUGAAAGAGCAAAUUUGAUUAUUGAGCAAGCAGAGAAACUGGAUUGCAAAAGAUAUGUUACACCACAGGAUAUUGUUGAGGGUUCGGCAAACUUAAAUCUUGCAUUUGUUGCACAAAUAUUCCAACACAGGAAUGGAUUGUCAGUGGACACCAAGAAAAUAUCUUUUGCUGAAAUGAUGGAGGAUGAUGCUCAAACAUCUCGAGAAGAAAGAUGCUUUCGGUUGUGGAUUAACAGCCUUGGAAUUGAUACUUAUAUAAACAAUCUAUUUGACAAUGUCCGAACUGGGUGGGUGCUCCUCGAGGUACUUGACAAAAUUGCACCCGGAUCAGUCAACUGGAAGCAAGCAACAAAACCCCCUAUUAAGAUGCCUUUUAGAAAAGUUGAGAAUUGCAACCAAGUCAUAAGGAUUGGGAAAGAACUGAAUUUCUCCCUUGUGAAUGUAGCUGGAAAUGAUAUUGUACAAGGAAACAAGAAGCUCAUAUUAGCCUUUUUGUGGCAGCUAAUGAGGUUCACAAUGCUGCAACUGUUGAAAAACUUGAGGUUCCAUGCCCAAGGAAAGGAGAUAACAGAUGCUGAUAUCCUAAAUUGGGCAAACAGAAAAGUGAAGAGUGCAGGCAGAAAAUCUCAAAUGGAAAGCUUUAAGGAUAAAAGUCUAUCAAAUGGGACAUUCUUCCUUGAACUUCUUACUGCAGUGGAGCCAAGGGUCGUGAAUUGGAGCGUUGUAACCAAGGGGGAAACUGAUGAGGAUAAGAAGCUUAAUGCAACUUACAUUAUCAGUGUUGCAAGGAAACUUGGAUGUUCCAUCUUCUUAUUGCCAGAGGAUAUAAUAGAGGUGAACUCGAAGAUGAUCCUUACUCUCACGGCAAGCAUCAUGUAUUGGAGCUUGCAACAUAAAGCUGAUACUCCGGAGACCAUCCCUGAAGAAGACAAUGCUGCUUCUGAUGAAUCUCCAGCAGCACCCACUGACGAAUCUCCAGCAGCACCCACUGAUGGUGAGGAUGCUUCUUCUUAAGUCAGAAAAGGAGCGGCAAGAAGAUGGAUAGAAAUUAAUGAAAAUAAAUAUUAGAUAAUAUCGUUCGUAUUGUCACUGAUGGAUUGGUGGGAAUGCUUCUUCUGAUUUGGUCCUCAGCAUUUGUCUUCAAGAGGACAAAUCUCAUAUAGUUGGUCAAUAUGUUAAAUACCUAUAAAUUCGUUAGUCGCUAUUCUUUAUCACCACAAAGUGGUUAGUGUGGUAAAAGGAAGAAAAAAGCAAUUGUAUAUUUUUUCAGAAACUUUAGGCACCCUGGACUUACAGAUUACCAGGGAUUUCAAAUAGACAGCUAUCUUGUUUUCUUCGUGAAACUGAUAUGAGAUUUGACUGUCAAUCUAACCAUUGGGGUUCUUAAAAGCCAUUCAGUGGAUUUGAAUCAGAACUUGCAGGAAAUUAUGCUAA